GAGAUAUUGUUACGUUAUUGUAGUCCUUCCAACGUAAACAAUAUGAUGGUUGCCUAGAGCACUUCACACGGCUUAGUGUCCCACUUACUCGCGACAUUCACAGGAUGGGGAACUCAAAGAGCAAGGAACCGGCCUUUGACCCCAAUGCGCAGAGCCCCUACAACGUUGGGUUUCAGGAGCUGACGGACGCAAAUGAGAACAAGGAUAUGGAGUUCUUCGCGCGCGUGGGGAAGGCGGAGGGCCUCUCCAAACUCUUGUCAAGCUCCGUCGAGUCAGGGUUGAACGCUGACCCCCAAGCAGCAGGAGACGACAGCGUUCUGGAGCACCGUCGUGUCUUCGGCGAGAAUAAGCAUGCCGAGACGCCGCCCAAGAAUUUUUUCUUCCUGGUAUGGGAGGUGGUGCAAGAUCCUAUCCUUAUCCUGCUGAUUGCGGCGGCCACGGUUUCCACCGUCCUUGGAGCUGCCAUUCCGGAGGAGCGCGCAAAGAGCGCCUGGGUUGAGGGAGUGGCCAUUUGGGUGGCUGUCAUCGUCGUCACGCUCGUGGGUGCGGGUAACGACUACUCCAAGGACCUGCAGUUCCGGAAACUGAACGCGCAGAAGGACCGCAUCGAGAUCAAGGUGGUGCGCGGUGGGCAGCAGAUCCUGGUGCCCAACACGGACCUGGUGGUGGGCGACGUCAUGCUGCUGGACACUGGAGACAAGGUGGUUGCUGACGCCAUCGUGAUUGACAGCCAGGGGCUCACAAUGGACGAGGCGUCGCUGACGGGCGAGUCGGACCCCAUGAAGAAGAACACCACAGCGGACCCCUGGGUCAUGUCGGGAACACAGGUGACGGAGGGUAGCGGGCGCGUGCUGGUCACUGCCGUCGGCCCCAACAGCACUUGGGGCAAGACCAUGGCCCUGGUGAGCGAGGCGGGCGACGACGAGACGCCGCUGCAGCAGAAGCUGGAGGUGCUGGCCGGCGCGAUCGGCAAGGUCGGUUUCGCGGUGGCCAUCUGCUGCUUCAUCGCACAGCUCAUCAAGUGGUGCGUGGAGAACAACGGCUUCCCCAUCAGUGAGAUUAACAACAACGGCCCCAUCCAGUUCUUCCUGUACGCCAUCACCAUCAUCGUGGUGGCGGUGCCCGAGGGCCUGCCACUGGCCGUGACCAUCUCGUUGGCCUACAGCAUGAAGAAGAUGAUGGCAGACCAGAACUUCGUGCGCGUGCUGGCGGCUUGCGAGACCAUGGGUGGUGCCACGGCCAUUUGCUCCGACAAGACCGGCACGCUGACGGAGAACCGCAUGACAGUGGUGGAGGGCUGGUUCGUGGGCCGCCACUUCAGCACUGCGCCCAAGGCCAAUGAGCUGGACCCGGAGGUUUGCGAGCAGCUCAAGAUGAACUGUGCCAUGAAUGCCAAGGCCUUCAUCAUCGAGAAGGACAACGGCAAGAUGGACUUCGUGGGCAACCGGACGGAGUGCGCUCUGCUGCUGUUCAUGAACAAGGAGCUGGGAUCCAACUACAACGAUUACCGCCACAAGUACGACAAGGCCGUGGUCAAGCUGUACGGCUUUUCCAGUGCCAAGAAGAUGGCCAGCGUGUUGAUCCAGCUGCCCGACAAGCUGCGCCUGUACAACAAGGGAGCGGCGGAGUGGGUGCUAAAGCGCUGCAUCCGCUGCCACACCGAGGCGGGUAUCGUGGAGAUGACUCCGGCCCUGCGCGGCAAGCUGCUGGACGAGGUGACCAACAUGGCCAAGCGCGGCCUGCGCUGCAUCUGCCUCUCCUACACCGACUACCCCAUCAGCGACCCCUCGCGCCCCGAGAACUUCUUUGAGGAGGCGGACACCGUGGACGACAACCUGACCUGCCUGGGCAUCGUGGGCAUCAAGGACCCCGUGCGUGCCGAGGUGCCGCUGGCCGUGCGCACCUGCAAGCGCGCCGGCAUCGUCGUGCGCAUGGUGACAGGUGACAACAUCCACACGGCGCAGCACAUCGCGCGCGAGUGCGGCAUCCUGUACGACAUGGGUCCCAACCACCCGGAGCACGUGGCCAUGGAGGGACCCGUGUUCCGGGAGAUGCUCAAGGACCCCGACUUCAUGGCGCUGCGUGAGCGCAUGAACGACCCUAAGGCGGACGGCCAGAAGGAGGCGCUGCAGGAGAUGAAGGAGAAGAUCAACCACGUGCGUGUGCUGGCGCGCUCCUCGCCCGAGGACAAGCUGCAGCUGGUCCGCCUGCUCAAGGAAAUGGGCGAUGUGGUGGCCGUGACUGGUGACGGCACCAACGACGCGCCCGCGCUCAAGGAGAGCGAUGUGGGUCUGGCCAUGGGCAUUGCCGGCACGGAGGUGGCCAAGGAGGCGGCCGACAUUGUCAUUCUGGACGACAACUUCAGCUCCAUCGUCAAGUCCGUCAAGUGGGGCCGCUCCGUGUUCGCCAACAUCCGCAAGUUCCUGCAGUUCCAGCUGACCGUCAACCUGGUGGCGCUGGUGACCGCCUUCAUUGGCGCCGUGGUGGGCGGGCACGAGCCGCUCAACAUCCUGCAGUUGCUUUGGGUGAACCUGAUCAUGGACACCAUGGGCGCGCUGGCGCUGGCCACGGAGGCGCCGCACCCCACGCUGCUGCUGCAGCGGCCCAACGGCCGCACCGAGCAGCUGAUCAACGCCAAGAUGACCAAGCACAUCCUGGUGCAGGGCUCCUACCAGAUGAUCUGGAUGUUCCUCUGCCUCUACCUGUUGCCCCAGGGCCCCCCAGGCCUGGAGCAGUACAAGGUGCACAACGAGGCCUACAUGGCCAACCAGGACUGCGUCAAGUACGCCACCGAGGUACUGCCCGGCCAGCCCAACAUCACGAACGCCAACCUGGCCACCAGCGUCAGCUUCACCUGCAACGUCCUCACCGCCUGCGACAUGCCCUGGACCAGCUCAGACCUGUCCUGCGUGCUGACGGGGCUGUGGGCGCCGCAGCCGGUGCCGGCCGACCGCGCCACCGCGCUGUGCACCAACCCCGCCUACCCCCGCAACGGCACCGACGCCAGCGUGUGCGACUACGAGUCCUGGGCCGAGACUGUGCAGGGCAAGCUGGAUGACGAGUUCAUGGACUAUGAGAUCGACGAGUACAAGCGGCCGCUGUCGCUGCUGUUCAACAUCUUCAUCUGCACCCAGGUCGCCAACGAGAUCAACGCGCGCCGCAUCAACGACGAAUACGACAUCUUCUCGGGCCUGUUCACCAACUGGAUCUUCAUGGCGGUGCUGGCAAUCACCAUGGGCGCCCAGGCCAUCAUCAUCAACUUCCUAGGCAUGUUCUUCAAGGUGGAGCCGCUGGACUGGAAGGAGUGGCUGGUGUCGCUGGCCAUUGGCUCCGGCGCCUGGCCGCUGUCCCUUAUCACUCGCUUCAUUUCCAGGAACAUCGCCGCCUGCGUGCGCUUCGAGUCGCAGCUGCCGCCGGAUAUGGACGACCCGCAGCUGCGUGCCGAGGUGGCCGCCGGCUACGACUUUGACUUUGCGCCGGCCGGCACUGUCAGGCCCGACUUUGAGGGCGCGGCACUUAUCGGCAACAAUACCAACGGCCACGCUGCCGCGCAUGCUGCCAUCUCCAAAUCAGAUGUGGAGAUAGGCAACGGCGCGAGCGGCAAGCAGUGAGCGGCUGCAGCUGGAGCCGUGGUGUGUUUGUGGUGCAGCGGAGAACGGGCUUUUAGGCCCGGUGGGAGAGAGCGUUUAUCACAUUGAGGGUAUUUUGAGUGGGCUUAACCGACAGACAGGAAGAUCUUGGCUUGAGGUGUGUUGGCUGUUUGGUGCCGUUUGUAUGUGUAUGUGGACGCUCUGACAGGUGGCGAACCUGAAAGACGCAGGCAAAAUAACUGCGCGAAGGUACGGCGUACGAGCAUACUGGGCUAUCUGUGCUGCCGGACCCGGUACAGCGUUUGAGGACACGCACAAACACGCCCACUGGCGCCCCCUCGGUGUCUAUGGGCGGUCAAAGCGUAGCGAUUGCGGGUGCGCCGGCCCUCGAUGCAUGAAGAAGCCGGCUAUGCUCGGCGCAUGCCAGGAAAGGCAGACGCUUGUUUGCAUUCAUCCGUUGUUAAGGGAGUCACAAGGCCUGUUCAGACGAUAGGUAUGUUCGGGUUGCAUCCACGUUGGAGACGGCCGUGUACGAUAUACGUGGCACGGUGCUUGCACCCCACGGUGCGGGGCGCGGCUGACGAAGUGCCUGUGCUGAGCUCGUGUGUAUGAUGGCGAGAGAGCCUCGGACGCCCCUGGUCAGCAGGAUAGUGAUAGUAUGCUGGCGAGCGUGGGCUGUACCCCUCCGAGGUGGCGAAAUGACAACAGGAGUGGGAUCAAUGGGGAGGUUUGGUGACGGCAACCAAGUGCUUCAGGUGACGGGGUUUGAGGUUACGUUUUUGCCUCCGUCCAGGGCUCCUAUCUUAAUGUCUCCAGACAUUAAUUGGCCAUUUUGGCCGUUUCCUAGACAUUCCUCCCGGGGGCUAAUGUCUGGGGCGAGACUUUGUUGGCCCGGGUUUGGGGCGGGUUUUGUCCCAAUUCCUAUGGAGAAGCCCCCAUACCGGCUCGGCGUCUUCGGGAGCUGGGACUGUCCCCUCUGUAACAUCCGCAUCCA